UUCUGCCUCUCUUUGCCUAGUUUCUUCUUCUUCUUCUUCUUCCUCCUGCUCUUCCUCCCUCUCCCUCACUGAAAGUUGCACAUGGUUUCAUUCUGCAGAGGUUCAUUCUCCUCAGGCUGUGGAUGGGAGAGGGAUGAGAGGACGGAGCUCCAGUCUAAGACACUUGCAGCUGCUUUGGAACGUUUGACUUCGUGUGAGGAUUAUGAAUGAUGAACACAGCGGCUCCUCUUAGUUUAUUGUGCAUCAACUUCUAAACCCGACAUUUUUUUUUCUACUGUUUUUUUUGGAGUCUGCAUGCAACUGGAAAAUGAACACUGACGCAUCAACUUGCUGACGCUUUGGCUUAUCCCGUGCACUUGUUUUGUGGAGGAGGCGGUGACAUCAUCACCAUCAAGCGCUCAGCAAUCAUGAAAGACAACUACGGAGGAUAUGAGAACCAGCUUUUUAAAGAGGAGGAGCUCAACGGCGAAGAGGAGGAAAUACCUCCGUUCAGAGGUCGCGCGAGAGGCGGUUGCGUGAGGUGCCAGCAGAGCCAUUCCCUCCAACUGGCUGUCAAAGUCCUUGCUGCAUUUGUUGCAUUCCUCAUCAUCACUGUAGCAGUGUUAGCAUCGCUAGUGUUUAGGAAGGUGGACCAUCUCUCUGAGGAAGAGUCAGUCUAUGACAAGAAGAUCACCAGGGCUCAGCAAGUAUUAGAAGAUCUAAGUAACUGUUCCGGCUGUCUGGAUGUGACUCUGUAUAGCGAGGAGAUCAGCAGGCUCAAGCAGGAGUUUGAGGACGUUCAAAAAAUGUUACUAGGACAAGAGCAGGUGCCGGAUCAUCAUAAUGUAUCGUUUCACAUCCAGCUAACGAGGCUUCACGUAAUACUUUGUAAUACAACAGACUUUUCGCAUUGGUUGUGAUCCGGGGCCACCAGCAAAUGCAGACUAUCUUGAUACGGCCAAAAAAGCUGGCCGUAGCGAGUCAGAGCUUUUCUUCCUGUCACUCACACACACGCACACACACACACACAAAUGACCUGGUGGUGGCAAGUUGGAAAGAAUAUGCUUUUAUUUGCUAUUAACUGUUUUAUUGUAAUCAACCAGUGGUUGAAAACAUGAUUUAAAUUUUGUCUUAGUUUGGUAUUUUUUGGAAAGGAGUGGUCGUCUUAUAGAUGCGCCCCCCUCCACUCUCAGGUGCUGGACCAAGCCUCUCAGGCCCAGACCAAGCUGACAGCCACCAGCAACCAGCUGAGU